ACCCAGUUCCAUACUGUGUUUUAAAAGUCACUGUGGGUUGCUGGUACCAGUUCAAAUUUCUGGCUGAAUCUGGCACAAGUGUGAGUGGUUUGCUAUCACUGGCCUGGCCAAAGGUCUCUAACACUCCUUCACUGAUAGAGAUGGCAAAUCCCUUUCAGGCAAUUUUUAUUCUUCCUUUGGAAGCAAGUCCUUUCCUCAGUUAUCUGAAGAAAGGAUUUACUAAGUUAACUGCUGUAUGUACUGUAUGUUGUUUAUCUUGUAUUUAACUGUUUGGCUAUGCAGCACUGCAUACAUAACUGAUUUUCUUCCAUCGUCCAUACUGUUAAAAAUACCAGGAAAACAAAUGGGGUUUAGGAAGGAAAGGGAAACCUGACUUGGCUGUUGGGAAAAUUGCUACAUUCUAGACUGUUAUAAAAGAGUUACUCAUUCUGUAAGAUGACUGCUGUUGUGCUCUGUGACUGAAACUGCAAGUUGAACUUCUCUGAGUAGAAUAACUUCAGAUUCUAUAUGAAAAUACAUGCAUUGGCAAUGGCCAUUAUAGCAGCUACUCAGUUCUUCUGAUCGAUUAAGUGCUAUUAAAUGUGUGGCACUUUUCCCUCAUGGGACUAUUCUGACAUCAUAGGUGUCAAACAGCUGUUUUAAUAAACUCAAAUUAAGAUAUAUUUGUAUGUAUGUGUGUGUGUCUGGAUACUAAAUAAACAAACAACAAGAAUAACAUGGAGAGAACCGAAGUAAUUCAACUGAGAUUUUUAAUGUUGCUGUUUCUACCCCUUCACAAUUGCUCUGAACGUAGAUUUGGAGUAUGAAGCAAGAUACCUGUGUACAUGACCUUCAAGCUCACAGCAAAGAGAUUUAUACUAUCAAAUGGAGUCCUACGGGACCAGGCACCAGCAACCCAAACUCCAACAUCAUGUUAGCAAGUGCUUCAUUUGAUUCCACUGUUCGGCUGUGGGAUGUAGACAGAGGAAUCUGUAUUCAUACUCUGACAAAACAUCAAGAACCUGUGUACAGUGUAGCUUUCAGUCCUGAUGGCAGGUACCUGGCCAGCGGCUCCUUUGAUAAAUGUGUCCAUAUAUGGAAUACUCAGAGUGGAACUCUAGUACAUAGCUACCGAGGCACCGGAGGCAUCUUUGAAGUCUGCUGGAAUGCUAGAGGAGACAAAGUGGGAGCAAGCGCAUCAGAUGGAUCGGUUUGUGUUCUAGAUCUGCGGAAGUAAAAGUGAAGUUUUAGAAGAAAUUUCAAAUGGACCAGCAGUGAAUGUGUGGGGAGAAGCACUCUUCAAAACUAUUCUUAACAGCUCCAGAACUGUACGAACUUGAACAAAGUUAGAGUGUACUGUGAAACCAACUCUCCCUGGCCACAGGUGUCUAAUAUUUUGUCCGUAACCUUCAUCAAGGAGUAAAAACACAGUCACUUCAGAGGGGGAGGGAAUGGUUUCCACCUGGAAUGUUCAGCCUUGGAAGCAUGAAGCCACCAGCUAUAGGCAUUGCACUGUUUGGUUUGCGUCUGAGAACUUGCUCUGAUGGCUGGGGAAAAAAAAAAAAAGAAAAGAAAAAAAAAAAAUCGCAGAGAAAAAAAAAAAAAAAAAUUAA